AUGUCCUUGACUUACGCCAUCGAGCACAACAUCAAGGUUGGGGCAGGGGACCACAUUAAAUGCUUGGCAUUUUCGUCCAAGGAUACUCAUAUUGCGGCUGGCAUUGGGUCCUCAGUUUAUAUUUGGGAGUUGCCCAACGCAAAUUUGACUCUAAACAGUCCCAUUGGCAGCCCUGUCACGGUUUUGAAGUGGUUCGGCGAGAAUCUUUUACUUGCGGGAUCUCUUGGCGGAGCUCUCGUCAUGUACGAAAUGGAAACCAGUAAAAAGCUCGUAAACGUUUCCAUCGUAGCUAUGCCCGGUAGCACAAUAACACAUCUUGCAUUCUCGCCAAACAUGCGUAAAUUGGUGGUGGGCGGUGGCCACACGGUAACCGCUUGGGCUCGGCAACGCCCAACGAAGGACAACCUUUGCUUCCAGUGGAAAUACCACACUGUACUGCCAGACCCAAUUGCGGGUGGCAACCACCUCGAACUGAAGGCCGAGGUGUCUGGGCUCCACUUCCUGGAUAACGAGCAAGUGGUCAUCUGUUAUCGCCAACAAUAUGGCAUUCGUGACGCCAUUUUCAUCACUCCAGAUGGCUCGCGCGUUAUGACUCCCAACCAUCAAUCAGGCUUCAAUGUAUACGACAUGCAGAGCGGCGGGCAUUAUCAUCACUUUGCUUUACACGCGCAGGAAUCCCACUCUCCACUUCCUGGAACCUUCAUCCAUGCCGGGACUGUCCUUGUCGGAGGCUACAACAAUGAAAUUGCCAUGUGGCACGUAGGCAGCAAGCAUCGUCUGCCGUCCGUUGAGGUAAACGGUGCCGAGCUUAUUGUUGUAAGUGGUGUGAUUACACUCCCUACAUAA